AUGAAGUCUCUCCAGUUCUGCUUCCUUUUCUGUUGCUGGAAAGCACUGUACUGCGGUGGCUGCGAGCUGACCAACAUCACCAUCGCAGUGGAGAAAGAGGACUGCCGUUUCUGUAUAAGCGUCAACACCACUUGGUGUGCAGGCUAUUGCUACACCCGGGACUUGGUAUAUAAAGACCCAGCCAGGCCCAACAGCCAGAAAGCGUGUACCUUCAAGGAGGUGGUCUAUGAGACGGUGAGGGUGCCCGGCUGUGCUCACCAUGCAGAUUCCCUGUAUACGUACCCAGUGGCCACACAAUGCCACUGUGGCAAGUGUGACAGCGACAGCACCGACUGCACCGUGCGAGGCUUGGGGCCCAGCUAUUGCUCCUUCAGUGAAGUGAAAGAAUGA